UUGCAUCCGAUCAUAUGUUUCCGGAGGGUUCGGUCUGUUCUGCUAGGAGGAGUUUAAAUCCCACAUGGAUUAAUCUGCAAAAGGGAAACGUCACGCAUGGGCCGGGCUGCAUCCAAGGAGAUUUUUUUGCUGGAUCGCUGCUCGAGUUGGGGGUAUAAGGUUUUUAUAUCUUACCCAGAAUAAGUGCGGCUUUAAGGAAGACCAGUCGCCUUGGCGUAAAUGUAAGCGAUCGCGCCGUAUUGCGAAUUACAGAUCAUUGUAAGGAGCGGCUGCGGGAAAACUUUAGUUGAUGCGGGGAGGCCUGGUCGUGCGGCUGCAACAGGUUUCAACGGAGCACAAGAAGCGGACCCCGUACUGUCGUUGUGGUCUAUGGACCAAAAAAAGCCGACAUAUGUAUUCUCAAGGUUAAUUCCAGAGGCGCGAAGAGGGAUAAAAGACAGUGGCAAACCGACGAUCGGCCAGCGGCAUCAUCGGGUUUGCGGCUGCAUUAGAGCUCUUAUUCAAUUAUUACAAUAGUCACGUUUCACCAUCCGCCGCUUUUGUAUUUAAAGGGGCGAUUUAAAUGCGGUACGGAACCAAAAUGAUGCCGGUCUUCCUCACCGUGUACCUCAGUAACAAUGAGCAGCAUUUCACCGAGGUGCCUAUUACACCGCAGACACUCUGUCGUGACGUGGUGGAGCUCUGCAAGGAGACCGGUGAGGCCGACUGUUACCUGGCCGAGAUGUGGCGUGGAUCCGAACGCACUGUCGGCGAGAGCGAGUCCAUGCUGGACGUGCUGCAGCGCUGGGGUCAUCAGAGGGCAGAGGUGCGCUUCUUCCUGCGCCACGAGCGUGCGCCUGGUCGCGACGCAGGUGGGUCCAGGACACAGGAGCACAUGGCUAAGCGGAAUGGAGUGAAGACGGGCACAGACAGGCGCAUGGAGAAUGGGGUGGUGGCGCCCCACAUAGACAUGACCUUGGCAGAGCUGCAGGAGAUGGCCGCCCGACAGCAGCAGCAGAUUGAAGCUCAGCAGCAACUCCUGGCCUCUAAGGAGCAGCGCUUGCGACACCUGAAACAGCAGGAGCAGCAGCGGCAGCAGCAGGCGGUGGAGCAGGAAAAGCUGCGCCGCCUGCGGGAGAACGCCGAGAGCCAGGAGGCCAAGCUGAAGGCGGUGCGCAACCUGCGCGGCCAGGUGGAGCAGAAGCGCCUCAGCAACAGCAAGCUGGUGGAGGAGAUCGAGCAGAUGAGCAGCCUGUUCCAGCAAAAGCAGCGGGAGCUGGUCCUGGCCGUCUCCAAGGUGGAGGAGCUCAGCCGGCAGCUGGAGAUGCUGAGGAACGGCCGGAUGGACACCCUCCACGACAGCCAGAGUUCGGUGGCGGAGCUGGAUCGCCUCUACAAGGAGCUCCAGCUGAGGAACAAGCUGAACCAGGAGCAGAGCUCCAAGUUGCAGGAGCAGAGGGAGCGGCUAAACAAGCGUAACCUGGAGGUGGCGGCCAUGGACAAGCGGGUCAACGAGCUGCGCGACCGGCUUUGGAAGAAGAAGGUAGCGCUGCAGCAGAAGGAGAACGUACCUGUUCACACAGACGGGCACCCCCCCCAGCAGGCCGGCACGUCCAGAGUUGCCGCCGUGGGCCCGUACAUCCAGUUCUCCACCAUGCCGCGCGGUCAGUUGCGGCACGAGCUGCUGGUGAAGCCUGCCUACCCCGACGGGACGUCCACGCUGCCCAUGCAGGAGGCCCCUCUGAAGGUCCAGGCCAGGGCAUCGCCGGGGGUCCCCAGCAAACCCCCUUUAGGUGUCGGGUCUCAACCGGCCAAGCUGGCGGACUGGAGCAGUUCCAGCACGGAGUCCGGCGGCAGUCACGGCUCCCCCGCCCCCCCGCGGGCCUCCCCCGACGCGGCCUUCCCCGCAGAGGACCCGGACAUUUCCAAAAGGGAUAGUAAGAGGUCUCGCUCAGGGGCCACGUUCAAGGCAGGGGAGGCCCUCACUGCCUCCCUGCACCAUAACCGGAGCUGCGAGGACCUGCGGGAGAUGCAGAACGGCACCAAAGGUCUGGCCAAAGUCCCACCACCGGUGCCCAGCAAACCCAAGCCCAAGGCCAGCCUGCCUGGCCAGUCCGUCUACAGCAUGCCGACCUUGAACACGGGCACCUUCCCCGGCAAGGCCGGCUCGCUGCACCUGCGGGGCCCCCUGCCCCCCCUCCAGAGCAUGACCCUACCCUGUAAGCAGGAGGCCCCCCCGGCGGCCACUGUGCGGCCCUUCACGCCCGAGCUGCCCGGCCCCAAGGAGCCCAGCCCCCAGCCUUUCCACAAGCCCCCCACGGUGGCUGCCAGCUCCAUCUACUCUAUGUACACGCAGCAGGGCGGCAAGAGCCUGCAGGGGGCGCUACCACGUGCACAGAGUCGCGUUUACGGGAAGCCAGUCAUUCCAGGAAGCGGGCAGCAGUCCCAGUCUCCGGAUGGCGGUAACCAGGAGCGCCCCCUGGUGGCAGAGACAGAGGUGGACCGUGGGGGCAGCGCUGUGGCUGGCGAGGGCCAAGAGGCGGAGCGCAUCCCCCGGCCCCUGAGCCCCACCAAGCUUCUGCCCUUCAUCUCGAACCCAUACCGGCACCAGAGCGAUUCAGACCUGGAGGCCCUGCGCAGGAAGCUAUACCACGCGCCACGGCCACUCAAGAAACGUAGUUCCAUUACGGAGCCCGAGGGCCCCAGCGGACCCAACAUACAGAAGCUGCUCUACCAGAAGACCACCCUGGCUGCCAUGGAGACCAUCACCACGAGCCCCUUCUAUCAGCCCCACAUGGAGGAGGAGGCAUUAGGCGGAGGCUCCUCCCCCUGUAACGGCCGUAUAUCUGAGGGCGUGGUCCCCAGCCAGGACUCCUUACUUGGCCUCAACUCCCCCGACCCCUCGUUGGUUCCCCAAAAUGACAACGAUGCCCCUCCUAAGCCCCCCCCAGGCCCCAUUCCCAAUCAGGAUGGUUUUGCUGAUGUCACCGCUUGCUUCCCUGAGGAUGACCAACAGGAGCCCAGCCUUCCUCCUCCUCCCCCCCCAGAGGCCCUCCAAGAGGAGUAUCCCCCCUACCCUCCUCCACCGUACCCCAGCACCAGGGACCAGGACCCCUUGGGAGAGGACACCUUCAGCCUGCAGCCUCCAGAAGUCACUGGGCAAGUCACACUGCCACCGGGCAAGAGGACCAACCUGCGCAAAGCAGGCUCGGAGCGCAUCGACCAUGGCAUGCGGGUCAAGUUCAACCCCCUGGCCUUGCUGCUGGACUCGUCCCUGGAGGGGGAGUACGACUUGGUUCAGAGGAUCAUAUACGAGGUGGAGGACCCCAGCAUGCCCAACGACGAAGGCAUCACCGCGCUGCACAACGCCGUCUGCGCAGGACACACGGAGAUCGUCAAGUUCCUGGUGCAGUUCGGUGUCAACGUCAACGCUGCCGACAGCGACGGCUGGACGCCGCUGCACUGCGCCGCCUCCUGCAACAACGUGCAGGUGUGCAAGUUCCUGGUGGAGUCGGGGGCCGCUGUCUUCGCCGCCACCUACAGCGACAUGCAGACGGCGGCUGACAAGUGCGAGGAGAUGGAGGACGGCUACGCCCAGUGCUCCCAGUUCCUGUAUGGCGUCCAGGAGAAGAUGGGCAUCAUGAACCGCGGAGUGGUGUAUGGCCUCUGGGACUACGAGCGACAGAAGGAGGAUGAGCUGGACUUCAGAGAGGGCGACUGCAUGACGGUGUUGCGGCGUGAAGACGAGGAUGAGGUUGAGUGGUGGUGGUCUCGGUGCGGGGACAAAGAGGGCUACAUCCCACGCAACCUGCUGGGGCUGUAUCCAAGGAUCAAGCCAAGGCAGAGGAGCCUGGCUUAGUUCACAGACUCUGUGGCCAGUUGGGCGUAGCGUCAUGGCUUCUGCAUGGCUGUAAGGCUCGGCGUGAACCUCAAACUCAUCGUCAACCUCAAAUAUUUUCACCUGUAUAUUUGUACAGAUUCGCACAGUGGAAUUCCGGGUUUUAAUGGGGAAUUUCAUACUGACAGUAUUUUUCUGAAGAGUUUUUGGACCUUUCUGGAGUUUAUAUGCACAUUUAUUUUGUUAGGGUAAUGGAUUAGCAAUAGAACAAUCCGAUUUAAAUAAGAAAUUGGAGGUUUCGGUAUGAGGAAUGUUUAAAAAAGGUAUGUUUGAGAAGAUUCCAGAAAUUCCAUGGACAUGUUUCUUUGUUAUUGUCAGAAACAGCGAUCCAUGUUAGACAUCCUUGUUUUCUUUUUUGUCUGUUGUCAAUCACAGUGGACCCUAAUGUAGUAUAUCUUAGUGACACUGUUUUUGAAGGAUUUUGUAAUUUUUCAGAUGAAGAAACAUUGUCUGUGUGUUCGGCUCUGUGGAGAUGUGAUUUGCCUUGCUGUUACCGUGGUAAGACAGAAUGAAUGUUUUCGGAGAUUGCGAUUCUGUCCGCGUGAUUCUUCAUGCUUUGACAAAGGCUGUAAAUAUUACUAGCAUUCUCGAAAAGAAGAGAUUGAUUCCUUCAUUCUGCUGCCAAAUUGUAGAUUUUAAACAGACAGCUUCACUGCUUUAUGGAAGCUGACUGAGACAUUGAUAGGACUCAAACUAAAGCAUGUAUUUGCAUAAACCAAAUGACAAACACAUGUUGUGAGGGAAACAGGCUUCAGCUCUCGUGAGGAGCUGAGUAACACAUGAUUCCUCUGCACUUACAUUGGUAAAAAUUUUCCUGUUAGAUCCGAGUCUCAGGGCCGUCACUUUUUUGGGAACCCCAUUUUCCGUACGUCAGAAAUCCCCCUGUUGUCACCCCUAGGUGACUUUUUCGCAUACUAACAGUAGGGUUUUUAUUUUCGAAACCAAACAUGUUUUUGUGUUGCCUGUAGAGAUCACUGAAAUAAAAUACUUUGCAGCAGAAA